AUGGGCGACUUCAAAUUGCAGCUCGAACCUGCCGAUAAAAUCAUCUUCAGCGGUAAAAAACUUGGUGAGGAAGCGGCACAGGCGAGUAUUAAGAUCACUAACUCGCUGAAAGAGAGAGUAGCAUACAAGGUAAAAUGCACAUCAAACGAAAUGUUUCGAAUUCGGCCACCUGUUGGAGCUCUUAAACCAGACGAUAGCGUCACUGUUUCGGUAAGUAUGAUCAGCUACUCCGAAAUACAAAUAUUGCUUUAG